AUGCCGCUUUCUAGGUCUAAUUCAUGCGUGGAUAUUGAUUUCACACUCCGCCGGAAGUUCAAGAAGACAUCCUUCAGGCCCUUCCAACGUGAAAUUAUUGUGGAGGCGUUGGAAGGCAAUGAUGUUUUUGUGCAAGCCGCCACCAGCUUUGGAAAGAGCUUAUGCUUCCAACUUCCAGCAAUAAUAGACCAUGGAAUAACUGUGGUGGUCUCUCCUCUUCUGUCUUUGAUGACUGACCAAGUAAAUGCCUUGAGAACUGCAGGUAUUGAGGCCGGGACAAUCAACCGCAACACGCCAUUCGAUGAACGUCAGCGGCUCCUCCAAGAUCUCGCAACAGGACACCCCCUCACCCGGCUGCUUUAUGUCACGCCCGAGCAAUGUGCUACAGAAACCCUCCGAAGGCAGUUGAAAGUUGUGCAUGAGCAGCGAGAACUUGCUCGCAUUGCUGUUGACGAAGCCCAUUGCAUCUCAGAAUGGGGUCACGACUUCCGCCCUUCCUUCAAGCAACUGAGAUGGUUUCGUGAGACCAUGCCCGAUGUGCCUAUAAUUUGUCUUACAGCGACAGCAACCCCCCAAGUACGCCAGGAUGUCAUUACUAUACUUGGGCUUUCGGAAGCUAAUCUCAAAGUCUUUACCAUGACUACCAGCCGCAAGAACCUACACUAUGAAGUGAGAUUUAAAUGCGAUGAAGAAGAUCACUACCCUGGUUUCCUCAUGUGGCUAAAAGGAGUACACAAACGACGUGCGGAGAAUGCAGGCCGCCGGGCCGAGCUUGAACGGAAUAAGGAACGCAUAGAUAACGUCUCAGGGAUCAUCUAUACGCUCUUUCGGUCUGACUGUGAGAGUCUCGCAGCCCGACUCCGGAGCGAUGGAAUCGGAGCAAGGCCUUACCAUGCUGGGCUUCAUAACAAUGAGAAAAAUGAGACUCUACAGCGCUGGGUAAGUAAUGACAAAGGCUAUGAUGUAAUUGUUGCAACCACUGCGUUCGGCAUGGGCAUCGACAAGGAAAACGUUCGCUUUGUCGUCCACUGGCAGCUACCAAAGUCAUUUGAAGGAUACUAUCAAGAGGCCGGGCGUGCAGGCCGUGAUGGAAAGGCGAGUUUAUGCAUCAUGUACUACAGUCGCGAGGACCGGGAUCGUGCCUAUAAUAGGCUGAGCAAGGAUCGAGAUACCUCCAAUCUGGAAGCCAGACUGCACAGCUUGCAAGCGCUAAUCAAGUACUGCGAGAAUACGGAUAUAUGUCGGCAUAAGGUGAUUAGUGAGUACUUUGGAGAGAAGGAGGUUCCGGAAUGCGAUUAUGCUUGUGAUUGGCACAAAAACCUGAAAGCGUUGAAGAGAGCAAAAGAAAUGGGAUUGCAGUCUGAAGAUUGGGUUAGCACGCAAAGAGAGAUGGGACGUUUUGAUAAUGGUUAUGAUGGUUAUGAUUAA